AAAGCGCGAGGAGCCGCCGCCGCCGCCGCCGCCGCCAGCGCCGCCGUGCCGGAGUCGAAGGGACCCGGGCCGCCGCCCCGCCGCGCCUCUUGCUCGCCACCAGCUCCCUGUCCUCGGACUCACUCCAACAGCCUGUUAAAACAUGGUGGAUUACUAUGAAGUUCUAGGCGUGCAGAGACAUGCCUCAGCCGAGGAUAUUAAAAAGGCGUACCGGAAACUGGCACUCAAGUGGCAUCCUGAUAAGAACCCCGAGAAUAAAGAAGAAGCAGAGAGAAAAUUCAAACAAGUAGCUGAGGCCUAUGAGGUGUUAUCAGAUGCCAAAAAACGGGACAUGUAUGACAGAUACGGCAAAGAAGGGUUAAAUGGCGGAGGUGGAAUUCAUUUUGACCCUCGGUAUGAGUUUGGCUUCACAUUCCGUAACCCAGAUGAAGUCUUCAGGGAAUUUUUUGGUGGAAGGGACCCGUUUUCAUUCGACUUCUUCGAAGACCCAUUUGAGGACUUUUUUGGGAGUCGAAGAGGCCCCCGUGGAAGCAGGAACCGAGGCACAGGGUCGUUUUUCUCUGCCUUCAGUGGAUUUCCGUCUUUUGGAGGAGGGUUUUCUUCUUUCGAUACAGGAUUUACUUCCUUCCCGUCACCAGGUCAUGGGGGCCUAACUUCGUUCUCUUCCACGGCAUUUGGUGGUAGUGGGAUGGGCAGCUUCAAAUCUAUAUCGACUUCUACUAAAAUGGUUAAUGGCAGAAAAAUCACUACAAAGAGAAUUGUGGAGAAUGGUGAAGAAAGAGUGGAAGUGGAAGAGAAUGGCCAGUUAAAGUCCUUAACGAUAAAUGGUGUGGCCGAUGAGGACGCUCUCCUGGAGGAGUGCCGGCGCAGAGGCCAGAGUGCGCUGCCCGCCCAGCCCGCCAGCACCAGCGGCCACUCACCGAGGCCACACAGGCCGGCCUCCCUGCCCAAACCUGAGUCUCUCCACACGCGUGAAGAGGAGGACGAGCCAGGCAGCCAGCGGGCCACCAGCAGCCCCUGGGACCCCUCCGUGCUCUGUGCAGGAUUCAAAGAAGGUGGCAAGAGGAAGAAGCAGAAGCAGAGAGAGGAAUCCAAGAAGAAGAAGUCGACCAAAGGCAAGCACUAGACGGACUGCAGCCACGCUCGCGCUGCCCGAGGCGGCGCCCAGGCCGGCUCCGUGUGGUAGUGCGCACGUUAGGUAGCGGCACCUGCUUUGCCCCUGUCCCGAGACCACACCUUCUCAGCACGGGGAUGCGGAGGACGCCUCAGGCAGCGCAGGGACGGCAGGAGAUGGGAGUGACGGUCGCGGGUGGCGGUGGUACAGGCGUGGCGCCUGCCUGGACUGCCCUCGCUUCUCCCGGCACUAAAUCUGAUCUCGUCUCCGCUGGUGGUUAAGGACCCAGCGCCUUCUUUUCAGCUGCUCAACGUGACACCAACUACUGAGAUACUUCUAGCGUUAGGGGUGUGACAGGUGCCGGCAGAUAACAGAGUGUGUGUUCUCGGAAUGACUUUCUUUCUUCAUGGCGGUAGAUUUCUGGGAGCCAGCACGUAGUUAAGGGCAGGGUGACCGAGCGGCAUCGUGCACUGGGUCACAGCCUCCAGGGUGCUCGUCCUUCAGACCAGGGGGCGGGGCUAGACCUCCAAGCAGCUCUGCAGAGUGGCCUGGCCACAUCCGUGGGGGCCCCGGAGGUGAAUCACUUUAGAUGUAAAGUCAUUCCUUAUAUUUAUCGUAGUUUUAAUCUCUAGCCUGAACUUGACUUCAAAUAUUGUUUAAGUUUUGCUAAAUCCCAUCUUUUUUUCCUUGGACCCUUAAUUCUUCUUAGCACAUACACGGGAUCCUACAGAAUGUUGUUGGGUAAAUGCCAUCUCUGGGUCAUAGUUUGGGUCACGCUGGGAAGAACAGAGGAGGUGUUCACACAUACACUCUGGCAAGAAGAUAUGAACAAGGAGGCGGGAGGAAAUGUUUCCAUCUGUAAACAUUGUCUCCUUUGCAAACUUUUUUUUUUUUUUCCUGGCAAGAUUCUGUGCGGUUUCCUGUGCUUCUGCCUUUGCAUGAUCAGCUGUUUCUUAACCCUCUGUUACUGACUAGAUCCUGCGUUGCCUUAACCUUCCUUGCAUGUGCCCUGCCCGGGCCGUUCUCCGCCUCAACACGAGUGUGUGCUCACGUGGCGCGGCAGUGAGGGCCCCGGGCAGAGCCUGGGUGGGAUUGAGGGGUGCCAGGGACUUGCAUCUGUGGCCGUGUCAUGGGCGUGAGAGCCAGAAAUGAGUGCAGCCUUUAAGAUGACUGUUGUGGAGAAGUUGGCUUUGUUUGGCUUUGCUGGGGAGGUGGUGUGGACUGGUGUUUACUGCUUAUUGUGGAAAAUGUGCCCAUGAAGGCCUCAUGUAUUUUCAGUGCUGCCUACACAAAUAAAACGUAAAUGCAACGUG